GGAUGGAUAGCUCCAACGUGGAGAGGGGCAAACGUGCCACUUUACACCGGCAGCUUGCCUUUUUAGCAUUGACUAAUGCAAUCGACCAAUGGAACUCCCAGUGUCCCCGGCUCGCGACUCAGCUCCUGAACGACAAAGAUCAAUAUCUCAUAUCCGAAUGCUAUGCAGCUCACUUGAUGCCGACAGCGCCUUCCUUCUAGUGGAAUGGAGACAACGACAGCAUAGCCACAUCUGUACUUCUUCCAGAGAUGUACCCUUUGCUUGGGGACAAUUAUUGGAAGCAUAGCAGAUUCAAGGCUAGCGACGUCCUUAGAACUUGGCGUAAAGACGCUGUCCGCUUAUAUCCGUUCAACGAGAUCGAGGACGAGGAGAGUGAGAGCACACUCGUUCAAGGCAGAGAAGAAGACUCUGUCGACCAGGACAGAGUUGUCCGAAGUCUUUCCCGCUCUCUACAGCAGUGCGGAAUGGGCGACCAGCACGACAUGGAGGAGGACACCGAAGACGUCCUUGUCGUUGCAGAAAGGCCCAUUCCUAGCAAGAAAAGAAAGGCAAACAGUCCCUUGAGCCAAGCCAUCACACCGAAGAGAGUGAGGCGCAAGCAGUCCGUUUACGACGUCGAAAGCUCCGAUGACGACGUCGUCGUGCGCCGCCGAAGGCCCCAUGCGAAAUCAGCAAUUCUUCCAAGACGGCCGGCUACUACGCCCAUUACACCUCCUCAAAGCGGCGGAUAUAUAUCUACGAUCUUAGUUGACUCGGACAGGGACGGUCAGGAACCUCUCUUGGUGAGAAGACAUCGUGAUCGUCGUGUGAUCUUGAUCGAUCCGGAUAGCGAUGAUCAAGAACCGCUUUCGAUGGGAAGACGUCGAGGUCGUCGUCUUUUUGAACGCAAGGAAUCUCCCCAGCCUUUGACGGAGCGUCCGUCGCCACUUGAUCUCUCGCCCAUCCGAAAUGUCGCGACUAUCGAGCCAGUUGAGGCGCCUGAGAAGAAACACAACUGUGUUGCGGCUCUUGAAGAGCUUUUUGACUCCGUCAACAGAUCUCGUGGUCAAUUCACUAGCGAGGAGCGGGAGCUGGCAGAUAGACAACUCAGACAGAUGGGAAAGCGGAUGAGGAGAAUGAGCAAGAUGGCGAAGAGAAUGGUUAGAAAACCCUAAGUCUGAAUAGGCAGGGCCUGAGACUCUUGAUACAAACCAAUUGGUGAGAAAGCUUGGUAUUUGAGUAGAGGGGCUCGUUGCGUCGGAAUAGCCUUGAUAGCUGAAAGUCUCCGAUACCUAAUAAUGAAG